GCUGCAGCGUGUGUUUAUUGAUGAGAUGAAAGAAGAUGGAAGUGAGACGUGAAACAAAGUAAAGGAAAAUAUUAAAUAAAUAAAAACACGCCAGGCUUGAUCGGAUAGGUGAAAGAACCCCGGACGAAGCCGCGAACCGCUGUCGGAUCUGGAGCGAACAGAAAGCAGCAGUCCCAGAUCUGGAUUGGCUGGAGAGAACGCAGGGGAGACGGACGUCAGAUGUGAUCACCGCGGCUGAGGGAAGCUGGAGAGGAAGCGUGUUCUCCAUCCGAGAGCGAGAGGAGAGAUGAAGUGAGCGCAGCGUGUUCCGCCAGCACCAGCAACCUGUAGCAUCCCGACCCUGUGCCUGUCAUUCACCACCACACACAGUCACACACUCUCACACUCUCACACACACACGGACGACUACAGCAGAGCGCCAGCAGACUGUUGCCACCAUCAGCCACAAAGGGGGAUGACUGAGCGCGUCCACAACAUCAACCUGCACAACUUCAGCAGCUCGGUACUGGAGACCCUGAACGAGCAGCGCAACCGCGGCCACUUCUGCGACGUGACGGUGCGCAUCCACGGCAGCAUGCUGCGCGCCCACCGCUGCGUGCUCGCCGCCGCCAGCCCCUUCUUCCAGGACAAGCUGCUGCUGGGCUACAGCGACAUCGAGGUGCCCGCCGUGGUGUCGGUGCAGUCCGUGCAGAAGCUCAUCGACUUCAUGUACAGCGGGGCGCUGCGGGUGGCGCACUCGGAGGCGCUGCAGAUCCUCACGGCCGCCAGCAUCCUGCAGAUCAAGACCGUCAUCGACGAGUGCACGCGCAUCGUCUCGCAGGCCCAGGAGACGCCGCGCGGCACGCCCGACUCGGGCACCUCCGGCCCGUGCAGUGACAUCGAGCAGGGCGGCGCCUACUCCUCCGUCUACACCGGCCUGGAGCUGCAGAACGGCGCCCGCGAGCGCCAGCACUACACCAGCAUCACCAGCUUCGAGUCCCUGCAGAAAGACGGCGUGCAGGAUCCCGCCGCAUGGGUGACCCGCCUGCACGAGCGCCAACAGCAGAGCGAGCGCUACCUGGGCACGUCGGAGACCACACACUGCCGGAAGCAGCCCCGCCCGGUGCGCCUGCACACGGCCGAGCACGAGAUCCGCAUCAAGCAGGAGAGGACGGGCGACGAGUACGGCUGCUACGGCCUGGACGAAGAGACCAACGGAGAACCCAAAGGAGAGAGCUUCGACUCGGGGGUCAGCUCCUCCGUGGGCACGGAGAACGACCCGUCCGAGCAGCACUUCAUGCCCGACUUCAGGCGCGACGGCGAGCCCGAGGCCGUCACGCCCGUCCACAUCGAGGUGACCGACUCCUCCCCGGAGCAGAGCCAGGAAAUGGGCGAGGACAACAACAGCGGCGACGGGCGCGACAUCGCCAUGGACCAGCCGCCGCUCUCCAGUCCCGUCGCUCUCAGCUCGGUGCCCGGCAGCCAGCUCUACAUCCGCCCGUGCGACACCAUGGCGGCCAACCUGCGCAUGCCGCUCACGCUGUCCGGCGGCAACGGCUCGUACCUGCCCACCCUCUUCGCCGCCCAGCCGUCGGCCAACGAGAACAAGCCCUUCCUGUUCAGCCUGCAGCAGUCCGUGGGCUCCCAGCAGCCCCAGUUCGUGGCCGUGCCCCCCCACAGCAUGGCGCCCUUCCCCGGCGGCCUGAGCGGGGUGCCUCCCGCGGGCGCCCAGCCGGCGCAGCAGCAGCAGACGGCGGGCGCAGUUGUCCAGCAGGGCGAGAAGAAACCGUACGCCUGCACCCUGUGCUGCAAAACCUUCACUGCCAAACAGAACUUCGUCAAACACAUGUUCGUGCACACAGGUGAGAAGCCACACCAGUGCAGCAUCUGCUGGCGCUCGUUCAGCCUGAAGGAUUACCUGAUCAAGCACAUGGUGACCCACACGGGCGUGCGCGCCUACCAGUGCAGCAUCUGCAACAAGCGCUUCACGCAGAAGAGCUCGCUCAACGUGCACAUGCGCCUGCACCGCGGCGAGAAGUCCUACGAGUGCUACAUCUGCAAGAAGAAGUUCUCCCACAAGACCCUGCUGGAGAGGCACAUGGCGCUGCACAGCACCGGGGCCGCCGGGGUGGUCGCCGGGGUCACCGGGGUGGUCGCCGGGGUCACCGGGGUGGUCGCCGGGGUCACCGGGACCAGCCCGGCCGGCCCCGCGUCCAUCCCCGUGCCCAUCCCCGUGCCCGAGCCCGGCCCGGGGGUGGUGGCUCUGGCCAUGCCCGUUGGAGGGGGCGGCGCCGGGGCGGUGGUGAGCGGGUCCGGAGUGGGCGUGGCCUCCGAGGCCAGCUGCCAGGAAGCCACGACCUACAUGUGCUCGGUGUGUCCGGUCAAGUUCGACCAGAUCGAGCACUUCAACGACCACAUGCGCAAGCACGUCUCCGACGGAUAAGUACGACUAAAACAACAACAACGAAAAGAGAGAAAAGAGGAGAAAAACUUUUAAACAACGGAAAAGAAAAUUAUGGCACUAGAAUAUUUUCGUUUUGGUUUUUGGUUUUCCCUUAUUUCGGGGGGCAUGAAGAGUUAUGAGUAUAGACACUGGCACAUUGAGUUGAGUUGAGCUGAGUUUUCCCAGAAAACGAUUUUUUUUGUUCGGUCGUCGUCGUUUUUUGUCGUUAUUCUUAAAGAAUUAAAACAUAGAUGGUGGCCUUAAGGCUGGGUAGUUAGUACAGAUCCACUGGCUGGAUCGGAAACUACUGGCCUCUAAAUGUAUGAUUUCCUUACUGAUUUCUGUGUUGAACACUACCGAAAGGCCUGCGAAAGACACACACACACACGUAUACACACUUAUACACACACACACACACACGUACACGAGCACACGUUCACAUACACACACGUACGUUCGUGUGUGUACGUGACGCGUACCACGUGCUGGUGUCUAAACAUCGCCUGAAUAUUUUCAAACUGUAAUCCUAAACGUUUUCCCAUCAGACCGUGUUGGACACUGAGGCGUCCAGAUUACUGUGGUAAACCUUUAAAGACAAACUUUAAAAAAAAAAACAAAGAAAAAACAGAAUUAGCGUCGGAUUGGUCCGCUCUCGCGUUUGCCUUUUUUUAGCGUGGCCUUAGAGGCCAGGCGUGGGGUUCGACACUGGGUUUAGGACGACGCGGCCGAUUUUUGAGGUACAAGUCGAAUCAGUGGCGUGCAGGAACGUCUCGGAAUUUCCCGUGAGUGAUUUAAUCUUUUCAUUUGAUUUCCUUCUUGUUUGAACCCCGACAGCUCGAGUCGAGUUUACAAAACGAGGCUUUGUCAGUAUUUGACGAAAUUCGCGAUCACUGCCACUGUAGACUGUUAUUACACCACUUCCAAAAAAAGUCCCACCACAGAGGGCGCCUGUUCUACCCUCUACUGCCUUUAUCCACUCUUUAAAAAUUAAUAAUAAGAAUAAUAAUUCAUCCACUUCACGAUCCAACAAGUAAAAACAAGGCAGGCUCCGGUACGCAAUCGUUCCAGGCGUCGACAGCUGCUUCACACACCGGCGCGUUCACGUCCAGACUGUUACAUCCCGGCGCCACGUGGUGAAGCCCCCCCCUUACUAUUCUCACUACUCUGCCAGCUGAGGCUGAUGCCCGCUGAUGCCAGCUGCGAGACGCCGAGCGAUUCAGCGAUCCGGACGGAAAUAACUCACGGGCCUAAAAAAAGAGGAAAAAAAAAACACAACACGGCGUUUAUAAAAGCGAGCGCUCUGUGCUUCCUGUUAGCGACGUCCGCCGUGACUCAGCUGCUUGACCGGGUGGGGCGACUAAAGUGCACUACUCCUGAUCCCCAGGCCCCAUCUAGUGGCAGCCAAACACUGGAUUCUCUCCCCCAACAGGAAUCACAGACGUACAGGACGUUCAGGAUGUGAGUAUGGAUAUGUGUUAGACAGCCUUAUCCGGCAGAUCCGAAAUCGCACCCUGUUCACUAUCUAGUGCACUAUUUUUAGGACUUGUGUCAAUUCUUUGUUUAUUUUUGAUAUUUUCUUUGUACUUGUGAUUUCCCUUGAUGUAAAGCAAAUGAUGCACUAGUUUAAACAAGCUGGUACAGAGACUCCUGAUACCCAAAGCAUCGUGUUGUUUAUAGGGCAUACGCCGUUUUUCCGUUUUUCACCCUACACACUCUCCACAUAGAUAAUAGGAAACAUUCCUGACCUUAUUUACCCCCCUGAACCCGUUUAGUGGCCUAGUGGGGGGGGGGGGGGGGGGGAUACUGAGAUACUGAGAGGAGGAAUAUCCGAAAUAUCUGAAAUAUCCUAAAUUGUACCACCUUCACUGUUAAGUGCACUAUUUCUUCUUGUAAAUCCAUUAUCUGUACUCGAGUGGGUUAAACUCACUGGUACAGAAUACCCAUCAUGCACCAGGCUGUUUACCGGGCAUCGUUUGGGCACUUACAACACAGCACUGUACCGAACAUUCCUGAGCGAAACCAAACUAGCAAAAUCAAACGUCCCGUCGAGUGGCCUGCAUGUGGAUUUACAAACAGCAUGAAGUGUAAUCGUGACCUGGUUUUAUUAUUGAGUGUAGGUGCCGCGCAGCAGCACGGGUCCAGGGGUCAGGGGUUCGAUUCUCGUGUCUGGUCCCAGCCUGUGAGGACGUUCUUAGUGAGUGAAUAACUGAGGAAGAGAGAGAGUGAGUGUGUGUGUGAGUGAGUGUGUGAGUGAGAGAGUGUGAGAGAGUGAGUGACCCACCUCUACUGUAAAUGAGUGAAUCAGUGAGUGAGUGAAUCAGUGAGUGAGUGAAUGAAUCAGUGAGUGACCCAACCCUAAUGUAAAUGAGUGAUUGAGUGAGUGAAUCACUGAGUGAAUCAAUAUGUGAAUUAGUAAGUGAAUCAGUGAGUGAAUGAGUGAGUGACCCACCCCUACUGUAAAUGAGUGAAUGAGUGAAUGAGUGAGUGUGUGAGUGAAUCGGUGAGUGAAUGAGUGAAUCGGUGAGUGAAUGAGUGAGUGACCCACCCCUAAUGUAAGUGAGUGAAUCAGUGAGUGAAUCAGUGAGUGUGUGAGUGAAUCGGUGAGUGAAUGAGUGAGUGACCCACCCCUAAUGUAAGUGAGUGAAUCAGUGAGUGAAUCAGUGAGUGAGUGAAUCAGUGAGUGAGUGAAUGACCGAGUGACCCACAGUAGGUUAACCCUCCUCGUACAGAAUACCUAUAAUGCAUCACGCUGUUUAUAGACCGGUCUAAUCUUAAUUUUGGACAUUUUGGACUCUCCUCUCGACUUGUGUUAGUUCCUGACCAACCUGCACCACUUGUAAUCUCUAAGCUCCAUCUAGUGGCCUGAAUUCCAACUCAAAUCUCCUGCAGAGCCAGUAAAAGGCGCGAAAAUAAAUCAAACAUAAAUAAAUAUAUAGACAGUAUUUCUCAGAUCAGUGCACUAUUAUAAGAGCCGUGUCAGAUUUGUACUUUCCCCCAUAAUGCAUUAGAACGUUUAUAUUUCGGGCACCUAACCAAGCCAAGUCCUUAGUAACCACACAGACCCUGCGGUCACACAACAGGGUUCGUUUCUCACUAAAUUGCACCACUUGUAAUCCCCAACACCCCUUUAAUCUGGUUAACGUACAGUGAGAGCGCACAAACAUAUUUAUUUAUGAUAUAUACGUCUGCAAUUACGUUUACAUCUUGCCAGUUAUCCAAAGCGAUUUACAAUUAUCACUGAAUACAAGUCAAGUGUUAAGAGCCUUGCUCAGGGGCCCAACAGUGGCUACUUGGUGGUGGUGGGUCUGUAACUGGCAACCUUCUGGUUGCUAGUCAAGUACCUUAACCGCUGAGCACUCGCUGCCACAAUGAAAUAAUUUUUCCGCGUGUCCCUGCACAUUUGGAAGCUGGGGUCAGCUAUAGUACGGCACCCCUGGAGCUGAGAGGGUUAAGGGCCUUGCUCAAGGACCCAACAGCGGCUGCGUGGCAGAGCCGGGGUUCGAACCCCACGAUCUUCCGAUUGAUAGACCAACACUCCCCAACAUAUACAGGUGUACAGUACUAUGAAAUUCUCUCUUCGCAUAUCCCAGUUUGUUUGGAUGCUGGGGUCAGAGUGCAGGGAGGGUUAAGGGCCUUGAUCAAGGGCCCAACAGUGGCUGCAUGACUCUACUGUUCAACGAUUGAUAAAAAAGCAUGAAAUGUUCUUAUAUGAUGGUACGUGUUGUAUGUGGAAGAGAUGUAUGAGUUAUACCCAGCUACUAAAGGACUGGCAGCUCAGUACAGGAUGCCCAUAAUGCCCGUAAUGCCCAUAAAGCAUGGUGCCAGCUACAGUGGUACAAUAGAACCCGGUCGUUUCUUCAAACCCAGACUAACAAUUCACACCACAGAUAAUGAGAUACAUUCCUGACGUGAUGGAUAACACUGUGUGUGUGUGUGUGUGUAAUUAUAGGCUGUAAUUAAGUGUCAUGUCACUCUAAAGCUUCACACCACUCGCUCUUCAGUUUCAUCCCACUCGAAACGAUCCACUCACUCCUUCACAAAACUCACGCUGUCCGCCCGCAGUGACUCACAGAAAAAAACACAACAAACCCCAUCAGCACUUCAGCUUUUUUUUGGAAUUCAGUCUAAGAACAAGUUGUAAAUAAUCGAAGAAAAAUAAAAACAACAAUAACAAACGAAUAAAACACAAAGUGUUAUGUGCAGGCUUUAAGAGCUCGACGGCGUCCGCGUUGGUGAGGACGUGCUCCUGUCGAGCUGGAGACGAGGACUGCAUGGUUUUCUUGCGUAUACGUUGCACUGCAGAAACCCUUAAGUGCACUACUGUUACCAGAGAUGUUCUAGUUUUUAGAGGUGAUUUUUUUUGGAGAGUUUGUGUUCCAGUAGUUCCUGUUGUGUCCUGUUUUUUGUACGAUGAGAUGAUUAAGUGUUUCUCUCCGCUUGCCGACGUGCUUUUUUUACUCGUGCUGGGUUUGUGUAAGAAUUGAUUUUGCUGUUUAUUUUUUUCCUAUUUAAAUCCGAACCAGUGUGUGUGUGUGUGUGUGUGUGUGUGUGUGUGUGUGUUGGUAUCUUGUGAUCCCUUUGUGUUUGCCCACCAGCAGUUGCGUAUGCUGACACACAGAUUCUUUUUCUUCCUGUACGUGAAGCGUUCUUACCAAAAUCUAAAACUAAACACACAAAAAAACAUAUUUUAUAGCAUGUGUGUGUGUGUGUGUGUGUGUGUGUGUACCGUUGAUUUGUGCUUGUCUAUGAAAGCUGGUAGCUAGUAUGGUUCUGGUUCUCGUCGUGUUGUCAGUAGUGCAGUUUUUUAUCCUAGUGUGUAGAGAUCGUGUGUGUGUGUGUGUGUGUGUGGAUGCCUGAGCUGCAGGGCUUCCUUUGCAAAGUGCAGUGCAGGUACAGCGUGUACAGAGUGUGUGUGUGUGUGUGAGUGUGUGUGUGCGCGCCUCGUGAGGCAUUUCAUGCGAGCGCUUUUGUGACGCACAGCAACUGUUUCACAACUUCACAAGAACAAUCACAGCAAAUAAAAAAUAAAUAACACAGAUAAUAACACACACCCCCAAAACGCCGAAGCGCUCGGCGCUACGCCUCGGCCGCGUCCACCCGACGCACAGCUGUGACCGCCAGAACCGAGAUCCGGCCGCGUGCUGGACGAGUUCUCGGCUCCUGAGCCUCUCACGCUGCAGAUGGGCAUCGUUUGUAGAACCCAGGUUAAAAACGAGGACGAACUCGUCCGCUUCACUCCCAGGUUCAGAACGUAGAGCAUCACGACAUGGAACGGGAGCAAACAGAAUCCCAUCUCAGGUCGAGGAGUUUAGGCGCUCGCUAACGAGCUCGGACGUCGACGCGCUUCCCGACGCAUCAUUUAGACGAGCGGAGCGUUAAAAACACGAGACGAUUCAAUUCCUACAUCAAAGCGUCGCGUUCUGUGUCCUUACAAACAGCCUUAAUCAGCGCAAACGCAACCUAAUGCACUACAGACCGUAAACAAGGUGCUCGAUUCACUUCGAACCGCAGCGGAGAGGAGGGUCCGAAUUAAUGCAAUCCAGAACUGGACCUGAUUCCUGCACACACACACACACACACGGCCAACCGCUUUGUAUCUUCAGUAUCGUAGCGCUCGUGUGUUUGUACAUUUCUAUACGUAUAUCCACGUUUUCUCACAUAUA